ACCGCAGACGCUGCUGGAAACUUCGAGCCAACUCAUGCCAGCGAGUUGCCCACGUUUAUCACUGCGGGGGCAGACGGGAUCGGACGAAGCUUUUCAUAACUCAGCAAAAUGCCAUCUUACCCCAAACUCAACCAGUUUGCUGACCUGGAAGAGAUGAUGUGCAAGCAGUUACUCAGUCUCGACCUGAGGGAGUCAAACAGACCGCUACCAUCCCUCAGUCUGGCUAUGAGAACACCAGGUUACAUCGGUCAGCCACGUGGCAACACAUCGUUUUCCCUCUCGUCUCUCUCCUGUCUCCCCACUGACCCUUCAGACAGUGUAUUUCUGACUUCCAGCCAAUGGGGGCAGCAGUCAGAGAGCCCGCUGCCCUCCCUGCUAGCUAAUUCCUCCCAGUGGGGAAAGUCAGGCUUCCUUGCCCAGCGUUCCGUCAGCAUGGUAGAGACCAGCAGCACUGCAGCAGCAAGUCUAGGCUGGCCCGGGACUGACAUAAAGCACUCCCAAAGAGACAUCAGCCCCACUGCACUGAACACUAGCUCCUCCUCAUCCACAUCAUCUGUUUCCACCUCCUCUUCCUCAUCACGCUAUAAGACUGAACUGUGCCGUUCUUUCACCGAGAAUGGGUUGUGCAAGUAUGGUGGGAAGUGCCAGUUUGCUCACGGGCCAGAGGAGCUGCGGGAUCUUAGCAGGCAUCCAAAAUACAAAACUGAGCCGUGUCGUACGUUUCACACCAUCGGUUUCUGCCCCUAUGGGAUCCGCUGCCAUUUUGUCCACAACAGUGAGGAAGAAAAGAAGCACUCCUUCUCUCGUUCCUCCUCGUCCUCUUCCUCCUCCUCAAGCAUUCCCCAGCAGCCACCUUGCUCCUCUCACACACACAGACCUCCUCUCGUCAGACAGAGCUUCAGCUUUGCUGGGUUUCCCUCUGCUCCUCAGCAAGCCAUUCAGCAUGCCCUCACUGCUCAUCCUCCUCCUGCCACCGCCUCUUUCACAUCUGCUCCCUCAGCCUCUCCUCCUUCCUGCGCUGACAUCACUGACCUCCUCUCUCAUGCCUUCCUGGAGAUGGACUCUGCCUUCGAGGCCUCCCCUUCCCCUCAGCACCAACCCCCAGUGGGCCAGGCCAAUGCAACAGAUCCCCGGUCUCCAUUCUUGCCUUCCCCAGACUCCGGCUGCUCUCCAUGUGGGCUUUCUCCGACUGACUCCCCUUCCCUGAGGCAGAGUCCCAGUGCUACUGGGGUCUUUUCAGGGCCACUGGGUGCCCGAUCCCUGUCCUACACCUCUCUGUCAGAUCAGGACCAAGAUGGAAGCAGCUCUGCUAGCUCACUCAGUGGCUCAGAAUCUUGCGGUGGCAUUAAUGAAGGCAGCGGCAGACGCCUGGCUGUAUUCAGUCAGCUCUCUGUUCCUGAGGAUGCUACUGGGUUCUGCCUUUAGGCUGCAUUGUGCUGGACCACAAACAUACAUAUUUACAUACACUCAGACACAGACAUACAGACCCUGGAGAGUCUGUUUAGACACAAUAUAUGCAGCACACACAUCCCUGCUCAAGCACACAUAAUGCUCAUACAUUUGACACAUACAAAUUCAGAUUCCCCUCUAACACACAGCCACUGGACCGACACCUCACACGUUCUUUGCACCUGUGUGGCGUCAAAGGAAACAAAGACUUUAGUAACUGACUCAGAACGCUGAAAGAGAUCACCUGUUAGAUAUUGGUGGAUAAAUGCCGCUGUCGUGCGUAAGGGAAGCCACAGUGAUGCUGAAACUAAAAUGUGUGUUGCCACCAAAACAGAGUACAUAUCAAGAUAGAAGUCUAAUAGUGAUGGAAGUGUUUGACGCCUUAUCAAAAAAGUAUGUUGAGAUGGCAGAUUGUGAGAAACAUAUUGUAAUCACUGUGAUUGGCCUCAGUGCCACCUGUUGUUUAGUCCAACCACUCCAUUCAUAUGUACAUUUUAUCAGUAUCUUCAGAUUGAUCUAAAGAAUGUGAUAAAGCCAAAGACAUCUGUUUGUAGCUCAGACUUUUUGAUUAUGGUGGGACAAACACACAAUAUGACCUGUGUUCAGGAGUUGUUGUUUUUCCAUUAACUAUACACAGUAUUGUGUUUUAAUAAGCUGGUGAAAUUGUCCCCCGCCCCCCCGAUAACUGUACAGUCUGAGGUUAUGUUUAGAUCAAUGGCCUUGAACCUGAAUGUUACGUUUUUAAACAACUGAAGUGCCUGUAGCGUUAUUUAACAGGUCAUGUUAGUGUUGAACCAAGAUUUCUAGGUGUUUUGGGAGAGAGAUGUGUGGAGGGGUUGUGAAUCUUUUUUUAAAUUUAGUCACAUAAGCUAGUGUGAGUUCAGGUCUCUAUGUUAAGAUGUUGUUCUUCUGUCUGUUGUGCAUUGUUGACAGGCUGCCACCAGUAAAAUGCCAAAUUUACCAAAUUUAACCUGCCCUACAAGAGGAAGAAGAGGUACUCAGUUUGAGCUUACAACAAAAGCCAAGUGGGCUUGAUCAUACUUUUACAAAUCCCAUGGUAAUGACAUAAUGUUAUCUGUAUGACUUGUCAGCUGGGAAAACAGGAGAUGCAAAUUUUAUGGGCUUUGAUAUGUGAAGUGUGCCAGCACAAAACGCAGGCUUUACAGAAAUCCAUCUAACCUGGGAGUCAAAGAUGGACAAACACCUAAAUGAGAUGCCAUCUGUUGGUGUGAGCAUAGCUUGGGUUUCAAGGCACUUGGCACAGAAGUUUAGUCAAGUCAAAUUACUACUUCAUGAAAAUGCUGUUUUUUUUUUUUUUUUUACCUUUGGCAAGAAGACUUGUUGCGCUAAUGUGUGUUUUUAGAUUAUCUUAAACACAAACAUUCCCAGGAGUGGGAUUUUUUUUUUUCCUACCUUGUCCACAGGCAGCACUGGUGUUACAUUUUUGAUGAAUAUUCAUGUUUUUGUGACUCUCACCUGACCAUCUUCCAUCUCUCUGUCAUUCAGUAUUAAUUCUUCCUGUUACGACUUUGUACUGUUACAAAUGUGAAGCACAGUUACAUGUAUACCGUGCCCCCGGGUUUGUUGCCUUACUGUGCUAGAUCCAGCAUACUGUAGGGUUAGGGUAUGUAUGCUUAGUGUUUUAGAAAUGUUACUUGGCUGUUUUGUGUGUUUAUGAUGUAGUUUGUUAGAUGAGCAGACACUGUGCUGUUACUGGUCUAUUUAAAAUUGCCUUUUCAUCAACAUGUUUGAGGCCUGUUCAGUGUUAAAGGUGAUAAUCUUUAGUAAAUUAAUUUCUUUAAUUUAUUUUAACGUAUUUAUAGAGGACUUUGAGUUGUUUAUGCUUGUAUCAAGUUUAAUAUAUUUGGGUUUCUUUUGCUUUUUUUUGUACUGGAAAUAAAGUUUUGUUUUUUUUGUUUUUUUUAAUCAACUGUUUUAGUUUAUUUUAUAUAUUCACCUUCUCAGGGUUUUACUACAUCCUGUAGAGGUAAAAUCCAUGCACAUACAGGCACUUCUGCUCGGAAACCUUGUAUUGCGGUGCUGAUGCAGCAAUGCAGAAGUUACGAGGCUUUUGUAGGUUUCCUUCCCUGUAGAAUAUGCUGUUAUAGUGUAUUUGCAACAAUGUUAACUCAUUUGUGACGUUUUAGAUGCAAGUUGCAGGCAGGAAGGAACCAAGCAUGAAACCACUGAACUGUCAUUUAUGGUUUUCAUUUUAGAUCCUACUUCACCAGUGGCCCAGUACAGAUG